CAGCGUCGAGACGCCCUCCCAGACGAGGAGACACGCCGCAUUUCCGUCACACCCACACAAAGAUCAAAGGACACGCCAUGUCGGCGUGGAGUUCAGGGUCGGAGGCCCUGGUGGCACUUCUCGUGGUGGCCACAAUGAUGCCAUCAUUAAUCCUCUCAGCGCCAGUAGCCGAACACAACACAGAAAUGGACGCGUACUAUCCAGUCGCCGAUGCAACCGGAUGCUACUACAAUUUCCAGCACUACGACGACGGUGAUAGGAUAAUAACGAACGAACCUUGCCUGAACUGUACUUGCCAUAACCGAAUGCUGAUGUGCUACCUGAGGGUGUGUCCGUUCAUCAAAGCCAUCGGCGAGAAUUGCAAAGUCGAAAAACGACCGGACCAAUGCUGCCCUGUGAUAACUUGCCCAGAAGUUCCUGUACAAUUGUUAACAUCGACAACGACUGAAUCUUCAAUUCCUUCCACCGACGUCGGACACCUGGACACCUACGGCUGCUCCAUCGACCGCCUGUUCUACUCGGACGGCGCCAGAGUCCCAUCAGAUCCCAGCAAACCAUGCGAACUCUGCUACUGCAUUCGUAAUAAGACUGCUUGCGUUAUGCAAGAAUGCACUUUGCACAUCGAAGGAUGCAAACCGAUUUACCAAGAGGGAGUGUGCUGUCCCGUCAGAUACGAUUGCGAACAUCCAGAAGACGAAGAACCCGCUCUCAUUACUACUACCACCAUGCGACCGACCACCGGCUUAAUCUUCACCACGACCGAAGCACCAGGAGCCACCACCGAAUGCGUUUUCGAUGGAGAAAUCUACGCGGAUGGAGCUUUAGUGAAGAAGGACAAGGCGUGCGAACAUUGCUACUGCAUGAAGGGAGACAUUGUGUGCGCGGUGCAGGAAUGCGGACCGACGCCUUUGGACAAAGUCAACUGCACGGCAAUUCCGCCAACCGAUGGACAAUGUUGCCCGGACACUUACGAUUGCGAAUACAUUUCUCAAGAGGAUCUCACCACCGUCACCUACGAAUAUUCCACUCCUACAUCCGUCCAGCCGGUCAUCGCCGAAGAUGAAAACGCUAUUCCGGAAGAUGAGGAACACACUCUGUCGCCGACCACUGAAGCAAUCAAGGAUCUGGAGACUGAAAGCGAGAAAGAAGGAAGCGUACCGUCCCACGAAAUCCCAGAUGAAUCUGCUAAAGCCACCGAACAGCCAGAGACUGUCACAUCUCACGAUGAACAGGAAAUCAUCACUGAACAUGUACCAGAAUCCGAAGCACAUAUCACCACUGAAUACCAGCCAAUCGAUCAACAAUCCACAGAAACUCAUCCAGUUGAAGAAGAACAAGUAACUGAAGGUAAACUUCACGAACCAGCAGAAGCUGAACAGAUGACCGAAGAACCGAUAACUACUGAAGAAGAAACUUCUGCACCUGAGCACAUUCCGGAAGGAGAAAUUCACGAAACCGAAGCCCCUGUUGUUGAUGAUGAAACUACAUCAGUACCUGAACAUAUCCCUGAAGAAGAAAUUCAUGAACCUGUCGAGACUGAAGCUCCAAUUAUUCCAGAAACUGAAGAGGAAUUGCACGAACCUGCACCUACGGAGGCCAGUGUUACUGAAGCUGAACUUCAUGAACCUGUUGAAACUGAAUCUCCGAUCGGCGUCGAGGAAGAAUCUUUAGCACCGGAAAGUGAACAUGUUACUGAAACCGUUUUACAUGAGCCGUUGGAAACUGAACCACCAAUCACCCACGAAGAGGGCAAAGUGCAAGAACCAAUUGAAACGGAAUCGCAUGUGGUUCCAGAAGAAGGAACACAGGCACCGGUUAUCACUGAAGAAGAAACCGCAGCUCCUGAGCGUGUUCCGCAGGAGAAAAUACAUGAACCUGUUGAAACUGAAGCACCGGUUAUUUCCGAAGAAGGAACUUCAGCACCUGGACAUGUUUCAGUAGAAACUGAGGCACCUAUUACCGUUGAACAAGAAACGUUGGCUCCUGAACACGUUCCAGAGGAGGAAGCACACGAACCUGUUGAAACUGAAGCACCUGUAGUUUCCGAAGAAGGAACAUCAGCACCUGAACAUAUUCCAGAAGGUGAACUUCAUGAACCUGUUGAAACUGAAUCACCGAUUGCAACUGAAGAUGAAACCGCUGCACCUGAACAUAUUCCAGAGGAAGAAGUCCAUGAACCAGUAGAAACAGAAGCGCCUGUAAUUUCAGAAGAAGGAACAUUAGCACCUGAACAUAUUCCAGAAGAAGAACUUCAUGAACCAGUCGAAACUGAGGCACCAAUUACCACUGAGGAAGAAACUGCUGCACCUGAACAUAUUCCAGAAGAAGAAAUCCAUGAACCAGCAGAAACAGAAGCGCCUGUAAUUUCAGAAGAAGGAACAUUAGCACCUGAACAUAUUCCAGAGGAAGAAAUUCACGAACCUGUUGAAACAGAAACCCCUGUGAUUUCCGAAGAAGGAACUGCAGCUCCAGAACAUAUUCCAGAAGGUGAACUUCAUGAGCCAGUAGAAACGGAGGCUCCAAUUACCACUGAAGAAGAGACUGCUGCACCUGAACAUAUUCCGGAAGAGGAAGUACAUGAACCUGCAGAAACAGAAGCACCUAUAAUUUCCGAAGAAGGAACAUCAGCACCUGAACACAUUCCAGAGGAGGAAAUACAUGAGCCAGUUGAAACGGAAUUACCUGUAAUUUCCGAAGAAGGAACUGUAGCACCUGAACAUAUUCCAGAAGGUGAACUUCAUGAACCAGUAGAAACAGAGGCACCAAUUACCACUGAAGAAGAAACUGCUGCACCUGAACAUAUUCCAGAAGAUGAACUUCAUGAACCAGUAGUAACUGAUGCACCAUUAACUACUGAAGAAGAAACUGCUGCACCUGAACAUAUUCCAGAAG